AGGGAGUUCAAGCACAAAUACUGUGUUGAUGUUACAGACAAGGAGGGUGGCUUCCUUGCUGGAGUUCUGCAGAUUGGUAUUGACAAAAGCUCCCUGGAGUUAAAAGCAAAGCUUGGUGAAGAAUAUGCUUGCCUCAUUCAGCAUCAUCAUGCAUUUCAGACAUCCAUUGUCCCUUGCAUAGGCAGCCUUACUCCCUACUACAUGCUUGUCAACUUGUAUCAUCUCAUUCACAAUGCCAUUCAGAUCUUUCACAUUGACCACUGCAAGCCUAGC